AUGUCAUUCUCCGGCCGCCGCCUCAGUAUUCUCCGCCCCUCCAACGACCGACGGGCUUCCCUCAGCAAGGGACUCUCCGAGAACGAGGAACGGUCCGAGACUCAUCGUCAGUUCCGAACCGCCCACGAGGGCCACCGUCCGCACGCCGGCCUCGACGCCUCGCGGGCCUCCACCGGUGUCGUCUGGUGCACCGAGCGUGCCAGCGAGCAUGGCUACGCUGAAGACCCCACGGGCUGGGCCAACCUAGGCCAGGGCGCCCCCGAAGCCGACGACGAGAUUGAGGGGAGCUUCCCCCGCCCAACGUCGAUCCCCAUCACCUCCGCCUCCCGGGAGUACGGCCCGACCGCCGGUAUCAAGCCGUUGCGCGCGGCCGUCGCACGUCUGUACAAUGAGCACUAUCGACAGGGCAAAGCCAGCCAGUACACCUGGGAGAAUGUGUGCAUUGUGCCCGGAGGCCGUGCGGGUUUGAUCCGGAUUGCGGCCAUCCUGGGUAAUUCGUACCUCUCGUUCCCCAUCCCCGAUUACUCUGCGUACUCGGAGAUGCUCUCCCUGUUCAAGAACAUCGCCCCCAUCCCCAUCCCGCUCUCCCAAGACGACCACUAUCACAUCCACCCCAACAAGAUCGCCGAGGAAAUCGCCCGUGGCACCCAGGUGCUGCUCACCUCGAACCCCCGCAACCCGACCGGCCACUUCGUGUCGCACGAAGAGCUCGCCGAGAUCCAGGAUAUCUGCCGGGACCGCGCGACGCUGAUCCUGGACGAGUUCUACGGCGGCUACAACUACACCACCGACUGCGACGGCAGCACCAUUAGUGGCGCCGAGCACGUCGUCGACGUUAACCAGGAUGACGUGCUGCUCAUCGAUGGUCUGACCAAGCGCUUCCGUCUCCCCGGCUGGCGUAUCGCGUGGGUCGUGGGACCGCGGGAGUUCGUCGAUGCGCUGGGCUCAGCCGGUUCGUACCUGGACGGCGGCGCCAAUGUGCCCUUCCAGGAGGCGGCGAUCCCGAUGCUGGAGCCGUCGCUGGUGCGCGAGGAGAUGAAGGCGCUACAGGUGCACUUCCGGGAGAAGCGCGACUAUGUCCUAGGCCGACUACAUGAGAUUGGAUUCCGGGUCCAGGACGUGCCGCAGGCGACUUUUUACGUCUGGCUUGACCUGACCUCUCUCGACCCGCCGCUGCCCAAGGAGGCGAACAUCUCUGAUGGACUGAACUUCUUCAAUGCGCUGUUGACAGAGAAGGUCAUUGUGGUGCCUGGUAUUUUCUUCGAUUUGAACCCGGCCAAGCGUCGUGAUCUGUUUGAUAGUCCUUGCCAUCACUUUGUGCGUCUCAGCUACGGACCCAAGAUGGAUGUGCUGAAGAUGGGUCUGGACGGUAUCGAACGGGUGAUUAAGCGGGCUCGAGAGAUGGGUGUGAAGAAGCAGUGGGAGGAUGAGGUUGCCAUUUCCGAUGAUUAG